AUGCCACCCAAAGGCUCAAAGAGGUCUGCACCUGCACCACCACACAAGACACUGGUCAUAGACAAUGGCGCAUAUACCAUCAAAGCCGGCCUCGUAUCGACAGGCACAGAGCCUACAUACGACGACUGCAGCGUCAUAGCCAACUGUAUUGCGCGCAGCACGCGUGACAAGCGCACCUAUGUCGGCGCCGAACUGGACUCGUGCAAAGAUUUUGGCGAGCUGGCCUUUCGGCGGCCAGUAGAAAAGGGCUUCAUUGUCAACUGGGAGGCAGAGAAGGCCAUCUGGGAGCAUGAGUUCAUGAGCGAGACGGCGGGCGAGGGGUUAAGGUGUGACCCCAAAGAGACAAACCUGCUCUUGACCGAGAAGCCAAACUGUCCGAAAGAACUGCAGAAGAACUGUGACGAGAUUGUCUUUGAGCAAUUCGAGUUCGCCGCGUAUUACAGAUGUGUGGGCGCGACACUCAAUGCCUACAACAGCCCCACCGCCUCACCGCUAUCGUCGCUACCGCAAGAAUGCGUCCUGGUCAUUGAUACCUCCUACUCAGAUACAACCAUCUUGCCUCUCUAUAAUGGCAAGCUCAUACAAUCAGCUGUCAGGCGGCUCACCGUUGGUGGGAAGUUGCUCACCAACUACCUGAAGGAGCUAUCUUCCCUCCGCCAUUACAACAUGAUGGAGGAGACAUAUUUGCUGAACGAGAUCAAGGAAGCCGUGUCGUACGUAGUGCCUUCAUCACAGCAAUUCGCUACAGAUCUCGAGCGGACGUGGAAAGGACGACUAGGAGCCAAACGAGAGCUGGAUUCGGGCAUCGUCGUGGACUACGUGCUGCCCGACUAUGAGAAUUCGAUACAUGGACAUGCGCGCCCUCACGAUCCGGCAAAGUCACGUAUGCGCCGGGGAUUGCAACCAUUACAGGGGCCGAGAGAAGACUUGCUGCCGUUGGGCAACGAGCGCUUUACCGUGCCAGAACUACUGUUCAACCCCUCGGAUAUCGGCAUUCAGGAGGUCGGCCUUCCCGGCGCAGUCAUGGAAUCGCUGAGUGCACUGCCGGAAGCUCUGAAAGUUGUGUUGCUAGCGAACAUAGUUGUUGUUGGUGGAAACUCGCUCAUCACUGGCUUCAUGGAGCGGUUGGAGACGGAGUUGAGGGCAUUGGUGCCCGUAGAGUAUGUGUUGAAUGUAGCCAGGGCGGAAGAUCCCAUCAAGCAUACAUGGCUGGGAGGAGCGCGCUAUGCUAGCCAGCCGGACUUGAUGAAGGAAGUCCUUGUAACAAAGGCAGAGUAUGACGAGAGGGGGUCGACAUGGCUAGUGAAGAAGUUUACCUAG